UUUGGAUAGUUAGAUUCAAGAUUCCACUAAUUUUUUAUAAUAAUUAAAAUUUGACUUGUUAAAAAAGUCACAACUUGCUAAAACUUUAAUAAGCUGAAUACAUAUGAAGCCAAAGCAGAAUCAUAUAUGCAUCCAAACACUUGAAAAAUCUUAGAGUACAUUGUCCAAUAUCGACGUUAAAAUGGCUGGUACGGCUAUUCAACCGUCUCUGCAAACACUUCGUGAUUUGCUCAUCGAAGAAGGAAGGUUAAUAUCUGGUGUAAGCAAUGAAGUUAAAAAAGUUGAGAGGGAGCUGAAAACCAUCCAUUGCAUCUUGAUGGAUGCUGACAAAUGGAGAGAUAAACACAAAACUGCUAUUUUACAUGACUGGAUGGCCGAACUCAACGAUCUGGCUUCGAGAGCUGAAGAUGUGCUCGAAAAAUAUAUGAUUGAAGUCGCUUCAAAAAGAGAUGGAAACCUGAUAAAAAAGGUCAAACGGUUUAGUUGCAUAUUGAGCGAGUGCGUAAAAGUCCACGGAGUUGGGAAAGAGAUUGAAGCCAUUAGAUCCAGCCUGACCAUUCUCACUGGGAGGUUGCAAGUGAUGGCCCCUGAAGCAAGCUCCUCCAAUUCUACUGAGGAUCACCAACAUCGUCUGUCGAGGCUAACUUACGGCCACCAAGUUGAACAACAUUUUGUUGGAAUGGAGAAGGACAUAACUUCUCUGGUAGCACUGGUGAAGGAUCAGACGAGACCUAAUCGUGUGAUUUCGAUUUAUGGGAUGGGAGGUCUUGGUAAGACCACUCUUGCCAGAAAAAUUUACCAGCACAAGGAGGUGGUACGUUGUUAUAGGGCUCGUGCGUGGGUUUGUGUUACGCAACAAUUCCAAGCUACCACUGUUUUAAGACAAAUUCUGAAGCAACUUCUUCCUGACGUGGAAAAGGAACGGAUCAACUACCGCAAGAUGGAACACUUUGAGUUGUUGGAGACACUUCAUAAUUUUCAGAUGCAGAAAAGAUGUCUCGUUGUGAUUGAUGAUAUAUGGGAGACAAAUGACUGGUCCCAGAUAUAUGCAGCUUUUCCGAUUAUGGAUCCUAAUUGUAAAGUUCUGCUUACAACUCGUAACAAGAAAGUUGCUCCUCAAGAAUAUCUUUACAAACUCAACUGUCUGAAUGAAGACCAAGGCUGGGAGUUACUUCGGGAAAUAGCAUUUCCAAGAGUGUUGGUCUGCCACCAUGCAGAUCCUGAAACUGAGCAAGGUUCAUCCGGAGCCUCUCACCGAACCGUUCCCCAAAUGGUACAAAGUCCACUGGAAGAUAUUGGAAGACAAAUGGUCCAAAAAUGUGGCUAUCUACCACUGGCAAUUACAGUUCUUGGAGGGAUUUUGCGUAAAAAGCAAACAACGAGCGAGUGGCAGAGGGUCAGCGAAGACGUUGAUUUAUAUUUGAAGCGUGGGGAUGAAAAGGUGAAACAGGUAUUGGACUUGAGUUACAAUGCCUUACCUUACUAUUUGAAGCCGUGCUUCCUCUAUUUAGGAUGUUUUCCUGAGGAUGAAGAAAUUCAUACAGAAAGAUUGUACUUAUUGUGGAUGGCUGAUGGCCUGAUUUCUUCUAAAGAAAAAGGAAGAAAAGAAACUUUGAGGGAUGUAGCUGAACGUUAUCUGAAUGAACUAGCAUCUCGGUGUAUGGUUCAAGUACGAAAGCAUGAGUAUUAUACGGGCAGGUAUAAUAUGUAUGAAUCAUGCCGCCUUCAUGAUUUGAUGCGCGAUCUUUGUUUAUUAAAGGGAGAAGAAAAAGGGUUCCUCAAGCUCAUUGAUCUAAGGGGACAGACAAAAUGUGACGUCGCUUCUAUUGGUACUGCUAGCAGAUUAGCCAUUCAUCGUCAUGGAGAUGCGGAUGGAUAUUUCAAUAGGGGAGAAGAAGGGAAGAACCUGAGGUCUCUUCUACUCCUCCAAAAAGAAUGGGGUAGAGUGCUAAAGAUUGGUUCUAAAGACAGUGUAACCGAUUUCAACAAGUUGAAACGUCUAAGGACUCUUGCUCUAGAGAAAGGUGAAUUUGUAUUAUCUAACGAGGUAGGUAAGCUAAUCCAUCUGAGAUAUUUGAGUUUGUUUAAUAGCAAUGUCAAAGAGCUACCAUUGUCUAUUGCCAACUUAACAUAUCUGCAGACAUUAGAUUUGAGAACGAUGCUGGAGUGUAUUGAAGUGCCGAAUGUGAUUUGUAAGAUGAAAAGAUUGAAGCAUCUAUUUCUUGGUCGGAUAGAAGUCAUUGGAGAAUGUGAAGACAAACUGAUUCUGGAUGGGUUGGAGGAGUUGGAGACCUUAAGAGAUGAGUCGCAUCCUUCAUGUGUCCGCUUUGACGAUAUCCCCAGAUUGACAAAUUUACGACAUCUGAAAACUAGUGUUCGUGGUAAUGCCGAACUCUCAAUCAUUGCCGAUCAGAUGAGCAGCGAAAAUACGCAACUACGUGAGGCACAUCUCGAGAUUUUCAGUUCAGAUGAAGGAUCAGAUAAUCUAAGUAAGAUGUUGAUGUCCCCCUCACUCGUCACUGUCAAACUCCUAAACGUAUCUGUCUCCACGGGUUUUAGUUUGCCACGCUAUCAAAGAGGCAUGUGCAUGAAUUUGGUUGACUUCACACUUAGGGAUAGUGUUACGAUUGUGGCAGAUAAUUUUAUGGGAAUGCUGGGAACGUUUCCCAUGUUAAAAACGGUUGAGCUGGGGCUUACGAGAUUCCACAACGGGCAGAUGAGAUGCCUUGCAACUUCAUUUCCACAGCUCAAGUUUCUUACCCUCUCUCACCUGUAUAAUCUAGAGAGAUGGGUAGUGGAUGAAGGAGCCUUUCCCAAUCUUUCUUCUUUGCGUAUUGAAUAUUGCCAUAAGUUGGAGAUGAUUCCUGAUGGAUUGCGAUUCAUCACUACCCUUCAAGAAUUAACAACUCAAGGUAUGCCCAGAAAUUUCAACGACAGAUUACGGGAGAUGGUGAAUGAUCAACCAGGAGAAGAUUAUCACAAAGUCCGUCACAUACCAUCUAUUUCACUCAUGGACCUACAAUGGUGA